GUUCUUGGAGCAUGCGCAGUUGCCUUUCCGGCUCUUCCUGCCUUUGGCGUACGUCAACAUGGCGGCCUCCGUUUUGUGUUCGUGGCGGAGGCUCCUUCCUACCCUUUCGCCCUUCAGAGGUGCCUACGGAGUUCAGGUUCCUCUUCAGACUCUUUGCACCAGAGGCCCCUCUGAGGAAGAUUCUUUGUCCCCAAUUCCGAUAACACCUUAUAAGAAUGAACCCUGGAAAUAUCUGGACUCAGAAGAAUACCAGAACCGCUAUGGCUCUCGCCCCGUCUGGGCUGACUACCGUAGAAACCACAAAGGUGGAAUACCCCCACAACGGACUAGAAAGACAUGUAUUCGUAGAGAUAAAGUUGCUGGGAAUCCCUGUCCCAUCUGCCGGGAUCACAAGCUGCAUGUCGACUUUAGGAACGUGAAGCUCUUGGAACAGUUUGUCUGCGCCCACACAGGUGUCAUCUUCCAUGCUCCAUACACAGGGGUCUGUAUGAAGCAACACAAGAAGUUGACCCAGGCCAUCCAGAAAGCCAGAGAUCAUGGUCUCCUCAGUUGCCACAUUCCUCAGGUUGAACCUCGGGACCUUGACUUCAGUACCUCUCAUGGAGCUGUGAGUGCUACUCUGCCAGCGCCCUCCCUGGUUUCAGGUGAUCCCUGGUAUCCAUGGUACAGCUGGAAACAGCCACCAGAGAGAGAGUUGUCCCGCCUUCGACGGCUCUAUCAGGGCCAUCUCCAAGAAGAGAGUGGUCCCCCACCUGAAUCAAUGCCUGAGGUGCCCCUCACAACCCCAGCUGAAGCCUCCUCCACUGAGCAGAAGAGCCCCCAGAGUGCUCUGUAGGAGCUGUAGACUGGGAAGGAGUUAAGAGAUAGUGCCUAGGAAUUACAUGAUGGGAUUUCACUCUGGGGAAUUUUGUCUCUAUGGCCAAUGGCAGGCUCAGGGCCAGAGAGAAGAAAUGAUUGCUGUUGAAUGGAAUAAAUGCUUCCAGGCUUAGGGGAGGGCAGGACAGAUGUGUAUGGGAAACCCCAUACUCUAUAUAUUGUAAGUAAUAGGCUAAACGUUGUUACUUGCUUCAGAUUUCUGUUAACGUGGCUUUUUCACAAUAAAGCUGUAUCUCCUGUUUCUUG